AUGACGAGAAUCCCGGUACGUGUCGCUGCGCUGGCCCUCCUUUGCGGUCUUCAGGCACAGUGUUUCGAGGAUCUGCACCUCCUCCAGCACGCAGCCCACAUUGUGUCGGGAUCCACCGGUGUUCGGCCGUUCGGGCCUUCCAGGCUCUCGGACCUGGCAGGGAAGUCGGUGUACUUGGUCAUGACCGACCGUUUCGCCUUACCGAAAGUCCAGGGACAACCUGCCUGCAACGGCAGAGGCUGGUGCAACGGCACGUUGCAGGGCAUCACAAGCCAGCUAGAUUACAUCAGCGGUAUGGGCUUCGACUGCAUCUGGGUCACCCCGGUGGUCAAGAACUUCUAUGGCCCGGCCUCUGAAGAGAGUGGCUACGGCUACCACGGAUACUGGGCUGAGGACUUGUAUCAAAUAGAUGCAAACUUCGGCACGAAGGAAGAUCUGAAGAAACUGAUCCAAGAGACCCACCGGCACGGUAUGUGCUUCAUUCUUGAUAUUGUUCUGAACCAUAUCCGGCCUAUCCACUCCUUGGAGGACCUCCGACACGUGAAGCCCUUCAAUGAAACUCACCACCUUCACCUUCUGAACAUCAGCAACAUGAGCUUCGACGAAUACACGGGAAAAGCUGAGAGGUGGCCCUACCCAACGCAAGCCCUCGGCCCAGGAGCUGCUUGCUAUCUCCACUUCUUCAGCAACGGGACUCCCGACGGUACCAACAACGGCACCUUCUGCAACAACUACCCGAGCAAUGUCUACAACCCUCAGACCUACUAUGGCCCCCUGGCCGCCGGGCCGGCAGCCUUAAAGUACUGCGGCCCCGGCGACUACAUCUGCCCAGGCUACAAUGAGACCGUGAAUCAGGAAGGCUGGUUUUACGACCUCGCGGACUUGAACCAGUCUGUGCCCUUCGUACGGCGAAGCCUGCUACAUUGGGUACAUUACAUGGUGACUGAGUUCCAAGUGGACGGCCUGCGCUUGGACACGGCCUCCUUCAUGGCCCACGAUUUUCUACAGGAGGUGCAGGACCAUCUGAGCAUGCUUGAGAAGCCGAUCCAGGUGAUCGGUGAAGUCACGACAGGGAAUAUGAGCUUUCACGCAUCCUUCCAGCAGAAUGAUGGCCAACGGAUUCUGAGCGGUCUGCAGAACUUCCCCUUAUCUUAUGCUGCAGCACCUGGCUAUUGCGGCUGGCCGAACCAUGCCCUGUCUCCUACCAGUGGCUUCAAUCUCACACACCUUGCUGUUGAAAGCGAAAGGCAAUGGAAGUCCCAUGCCUACAGCAACACGGACUUGUUGAUGAACAUGGUGAGUAGCCAAGACGAUGGCCCUAUCUUCGGCAUGUACCGAGAGUCGGCAGGGCCCUUCUCCCCGGGGACUGGAGGUUGUAAAGCUCAUGAAUCCUUGGUCCUGAAUGCAUGGGCAUGGCUCAUGUUCACCAAGGGUAUGCCGGCAGUGACCUGGGGCGACGAGCAAGGGAACACAGAGUACCGAAAUUCCCUGUGGCAGUUCGGCUGGAAUCGCUCUGCGUGGCAAUAUCAGCUGCUCUCCAAGAUGAACGCCAUCCGUCGACGCAAUCGCCUAGAGACGGCGAGUGCGAAAGUACACUAUGGCGACGAGCACAUCUUUGUCUUUCAGCGGUUAUCUGGGGAAGCGUCAGCAGUCUGGAUCUUCACUAACAACUUACAUAGCAUGCACCGGGACCAGACUGUUGUAUAUCCUGUAGCCCCGCCUCCAGCGCCAACCGGCAUGAUUUGGAAAGAUGCCCUCUUUCAGCAGCCUUUCGCCGUUGAAGCUGGCCAACUCAAGGCCUCGAGCUUAAGACCUCUGGUGUUGACGCUGGAGUACGAAGCGAUGACAAAAGACGGACGGCCGUGGAAGAUAUGA